AUGAAAGCAAUGGGAUUAUCUGCUGAUAUGCUGAAAGAAUCCGAUACUGGUUUCCAUGGAAUCAUCCCAACCCGACCUGCUUACCCCCUUGGUAAGAUUUCACUAGAUGUCGUCUUCAGAACUCCAAGCACCUUCAGAAAGGAGAAGCUCGAGUUUGAGGUAGUUGAUUGGGAAUCACAGUACCACGCUAUCCUUGGCAGGUCAGCAUUCGCGAAGUUCAUGGAGAUUCCUCAUUAUGCGUAUUUGAAGUUAAAGAUGCCAGGCAACAAUGGGACAGCACUAACCGUUCAUGGGAGCUUUUCUCGUUCUGAUAACUGCGACAUGGAAUUUCAGAAGAUCGCUUCCAAGUUUGGAGUUGGGGAGGAGCUCAACGCAAUCGAUGCAAUUACUGAUCAUACACAACCACCUACCGAUAAUCGAAACACCAGACCCGACGAGUUCGACGUCGCGAAGGAAGCAAAGAAGCAUCAAGUGCACCCCUCUGACCCGAAGAAAACGGUCAACAUAUCGGCAGACCUUACUACCGCAUAG